AAAUUCGAAACCUCUUCUCUCUUUCUUAUCUCUCCGGAAACAUCUCUUUCCAAGUAUCCGUUGUAACAGUUCGUGUAAACACAAAAAAUCGCCACUCAGAAUUAAGAAGCAGAGUCGAAAGAAAGAAUCGAAUCGAAGUUUCGAAGAAAACGAUGUCGUUUCGGGAGAAGAUGCCGACGAGUCCCAAAUCGCCUCUACGGAGGAGACGCGCGAGCUGGACCGGGUCAUGGCUCAACCACCCAACGACGUCGUUCAAGGAAGUCGUCUCCGCCGUGAUCCAGGCCCAGUCACCGAGAUCCACCUCUAAACCCCGAAACUCAGAUUUCAAUUUCGACUUCGAUUUCGAUUCCGAUUCCGAUUCCUUCAAGUUCGUCGUCGAUCGAACGCUCUCCUUACCCGACUCCCUCCUCCUCAGAAUCCUCCAGAAGCUCCCCGAUUUCCAGAACAACAACGACGUCUCCCUCGUCUGCAAACGGUGGCUGAAUCUCCAGGGACGCCGUCAACGCGCUCUCAAGCUCCUCGAUUGGGACUUCCUCUCGUCAGGGAAGCUCGCCUAUCGGUUCCCGAAGCUCACCGCCGUCGAUCUGACCAACGCGUGUAUGAAUCACCCAAACUCCGGCGUCCUCCUCUGCCACAGAUCGAUCUCGUUUCGCGUAUCUUCCGAUUCGUCGAAUUGGGAAGAGAAUCUGUUACCGAGCGAAGUGAUCGACGCAGGGCUUAGGGUUUUAGGAAGAGGAAGCUGCGAUUUGCUAAAACUCGCGGUGAUCAACGCUACUGAGUUAGGUUUACUCGGUUUAGCUGAGCACUGUUCCGAUCUGCAGGAGCUUGAGCUGCACAGGUGUAACGAUAAUAUCUUACGUGGCAUCGCUGCUUUCGAGAGUUUAAGAGUGUUGAGACUGGUGGGAAGCGUUGGAGGGUUGUAUACUUCGUCUGUUUCUGAUAUUGGUUUGACGAUAUUAGCGCAGGGGUGUAAGAAGCUGGUGAAGCUUGAGCUUAGCGGCUGUGAAGGUAGCUUUGAUGGGAUUAAAGCCAUUGGGCAGUGCUGUGAAGUGCUUGAGGAGCUUACGGUUUGUGACCAUAGGAUGGAUGAUGGCGGUUGGAUAUCUGGGCUUUCGUAUUUCGGGAGUUUGAAGAGGCUGAGAGUGUUGUCUUGCGGGAAGAUUGAUCCUUGUCCUGGGCCGGAGAAGAUGCUUAGGUCUUGUCCGGGUCUGGAGAGUUUGGAGAUCGAGAGGUCUUGUUUGAGUGAUAAAGAAGGGGUGAGAGCUUUGUUUAAGGUGUGUGAUGGAGUGAAGAAAGUUUGUAUUCGGGAUUGCAGGGGGUUGGAUGGUGAUUCUUUCAGCUUGGCUAAAGCUUUCAGGAAGGUGAGGUUGCUGUCGCUGGAAGGAUGCUCAGUACUAACAACAGGGGGUUUAGAGUCGGUCAUUUUGCACUGGGAAGAGCUCGAGAGCAUGAGAGUAGUGUCGUGUAAGAAUAUAAAAGACAGCGAGAUUUCACCGGCACUCUCGUCUUUGUUCUCCCUUCUCAAAGAACUGACGUGGAGACCAGACACAAGGUCUCAUCUCUCGUCCAAGCUCGAAGGUGCUGGAAUUGGAAAGAGAGGCGGCAAAUUCUUCAAGAAGAGAUGAUGUAUCUUAUUUGCCCACAAAAUUCUUUAGUUAUCUUCUUCCUGGGACGGUAUUACUCUGUUUGUAUAAUCUUUCUUUAGUAACAAAUAUGCAGUCAAUGUUGAAAACUCUUGUGUAUUGCAAUUGUUCUAUUAUGUAUAAUAAUUAUUAAAAAAAACUAUUCACGUCCA